CACGGAACGUACUAGCUGCUGGACCCCUUUCACUCAUGCUUGCCCGGUGUCGGAAUCGGAAUGCUACAGUGGUAGAGAAACGUGGAGUGAGACUUUAAACUGCUCGCUGAGUCGUUUGCUAAAUCUAAUGUCACUUGACUCUAUUAUGAUUGAGAGGUUAGAGUGACCAUAGUAAAAAAAAAAUGCAGGUUUCUAGCGUGAAUGACGUGAAGAUAUACAAUUUAAGUCACGGAAAAUCUCUACCAGAGUGGCUUUCUGACCGGAAGAAAAGGGCUUUGCAGAAGAAAGAUGUCGAUGUCCAGCGCAGGAUCGAACUUAUCCAGGAUUUCGACAUGCCUACAGUGUGUACCUCCAUAAAGGUGUCCCGGGAUGGACAGUACAUUCUGGCAGCAGGCACCUACAAACCGAGAAUUCGCUGUUACGACACCUACCAGUUGUCCCUGAAGUUUGAAAGAUGUCUGGAUUCCGAUGUGGUGGCCUUCGACAUCCUCUCCGAUGACUACUCCAAGCUGGUGUUUCUGCGCUGCGAUCGUUACGUGGAGUUCCACUCCCAGCACGGGCACUACUACAAAACUCGCAUUCCCAAGUUCGGCCGGGACUUCUCCUACCACUACCCGUCAUGUGACCUGUACUUUGUGGGUGCCAGCUCUGAGGUUUACAGGCUGAACCUGGAGCAAGGCCGAUUCCUCAACUCCUUACAGACAGACGCAGUGGAGAACAAUGUGUGUGACAUCAACCCUGUGCAUCAGCUGUUUGCUACGGGAACAGCAGAGGUACGUGUGCUGGGCGGGGCUUCGAGCUUGUCCCGUCCCGCCAGGGUGGAAGGCCUCCCGUCCAUCAGCGCGCUCAAGUUUAACGGAACCCUGAACAUGGCCGUGGGGACGAGCACCGGACAGGUGUUGCUGUACGAUCUGCGCUCCAGUUGCCCCCUGCUGGUUAAAGACCAUUACUACGGCCUGCCCAUCAAGUCCCUGAACUUCCAGAACCAGCUGGACCUGGUGCUGUCGGCAGACUCGAAGAUCAUCAAGAUCUGGAACCGAGACACGGGCAAACUGUUUUCCUCAAUCGAACCAGAAACUGACGUCAAUGAUGUAUGCGUGUACCCAGACUCAGGAAUGCUGUUCACAGCCAAUGAAGGACCCAAGAUGAACACGUUCUACAUGCCGGCCCUCGGCCCCGCCCCUCGCUGGUGUUCCUUCCUGGAUAACCUGACAGAGGAGCUGGAGGAGAGUCCGGAGAGCACCGUCUACGACGACUACAAAUUCGUCACCCGCAAGGACCUGGAGAACCUGGGUCUGUCUCACCUGGUGGGGUCUGCACUGCUGCGAGCCUACAUGCACGGCUUCUUCAUGGACAUUCGCCUCUACCACAAGGUGAAGACGAUGGCGAAUCCCUUCGCCUACGAGGAAUACCGCAAGGAUAAGAUCCGGCAGAAGAUCGAGGAGAAGCGAACUCAGAGAGUGCAGGUCAAGAAGCUGCCCAUGGUGAAUAAGGAGCUGGCCAUCAAGCUGAUGGAGGAGGGAGAUGAAGAGGAGCAAUCCAACAGGAGGAAGAAGGGCAAGGCCGUAACCAGCAUCCUGAAUGACAACCGCUUCAAGGUGAUGUUUGAGAAUCCCGACUACCAGGUGGACGAGCAGAGCGAGGAGUUCCGUCUGCUCAACCCCAUCAUCUCCAAAGUGAGCCAGAAACGGCGCAAGAAGCUCCGCCUCCUGGAGAAGCAGGCCGCCGCCCAACAGAAGGAGGAGCAGGACGAGGAGGAGGAGGAGCCGGAGGGCCGGGCCAGCUCGGAGGAGAGCUCGGACGACGACAAGAGCUGGGUGGAGGAGGUGCGGGAGCAGCGGCGCCUCCUUCGGGUGGAGGAGCGGAGCCGCAAGCGGCAGGACAGGAAGCAGCAGGAUCGCGAGACCAGCCUGGAGAGCCAGAACCAGAACCAGAACCAGAACCAGAGCCAGAACCAGAACCAGAGCCAGAACCAGCCCCGCUUCUUCCAGAUCAAGGCUGGCGAGGAUUUCCGGAGCUUCGGGGACGUGGGCCGCAAGCAGAAGCUGCAGAAGGCCUCGUUGGAGGACCGUCUGAAGCUGGAGGAACAUUCCGGAGCCCUCAGCAUGGCCGAUUCGACGGUUGGCAGCAAGCAGCUCACCUUCACCCUCAAGAAGUCGGAGCAGCAGCGGCAGCAGCACAAGGCCGAGCGAGAGCACCUGGAGGAGAGGAAGAAGCUGAGGCGGUCUGCCGGACACCUGCAGACGCGCGGGAGGGGGCGGGGUCAGGGGCGGGGCCGGGGGCGGGGCUGGGGGAGGGGCCGGCACUGACUGGCAGGACCUGGGGGUGGUCACUGAGGAAAAGAGGCGGAGCCACAGUCAGGGAGUUUGUGUUAGCUCUGGUCCAAAGGACGCAGGCUUGUGUGUCUUUCCCCAUGUUUUAAAAUAGCCUUUUGAUGAUAUAUUUAUACCACCGGGUCAGGGAGGCCAUUUUGGAAACCUCCUCUCCAGGUUACGUAACAGGGGUGUUAUGUGUGUGUGUGUGCGUGUGUGCAUGUGCGUGUGUGUGUGUGUUCAGUGAGGGCAGGCUGUGUUCUGUUAGGACUAAAGUCAAGUCUCAUUUUCAAGUUUAUCUGAAUUAAUGAAUUUACCAGACCCCUUCAUGAGUAUUUCACUGAACAAAUUUACCUUGUCUGUGUGUGUGUGUGCGUCUCGUGUGCGUCUCACUUGUCUAGCCUGUCAUUUCUCCUCAGUCACUGUAGUUCUGUGCAGAUAAACAGGUGUGCUUGACUGAGAUCAUAAAUGCUUUUUAAACACA